AUGUCGGCAGCUCCUGCUGCUCGUGUCCUCCUGCGGCAACCCAGAUUUCUCCUGCGUCGCAACAAUUUCCGACAAGCUUCCACCGCCUCAGAAACCGCUUCAAAGGCACAAGACAGCGGGAAGCAAGCCGUGUCAAAGGCGUCGGAAGGUCUUACCAGAGUCCAAAGCUCCGCCGGCUCCUCGAUUUCUAGGGUUGGCUCAUCCGCAUACAAUGCUCUGAGCAAGGUUGGCGGGCGAACGGGAAGAUUGAUUUCUUUUGUUGAAUCAUUAAUACCACCUACUGUCUACUAUAGUCGUGUCGGGUUGGAACUGGCAAGAAUUGUUUUCAGAGGUCAACAAAUGGCUCCUCCUCCCAUGGCUCAAUUUCAAUCCUACUUCCAGCCUGUCAUGAACGUCCUUCGGAAUCCUCGAUCUAUUACCUCAAGCGCGAGCUCUAUGACUAGCUCCAUCAACCCCGACGCUGUGUUAAGCAGCAUCCGCAACGUCAAUCGCAAGCAGCUUACCACUGCUGGGAUCAUCUUCGCCGAAGUCUUGGGCUUUUUCACUGUGGGCGAAAUGCUUGGGCGGCUGAAGAUUGUUGGCUACCACGGCGAACCUCACCAUGACCAUUGA